GGUUCUGCUCCCCUCUGAAGUCAUCGGGGAGGAUGAAGUGUUUCUGUGCGGGUAGAAGCGCCACCUAAAUGCUCGUGUCAUGUGGUUAACGGUGUCAGUUUAACGGGAGCUCCCUCGCGCUGGGUUAGACCCCGUGUUGCCAUGUUGCGGUAGCGCGCCCGUUAGAAAUAACACAGAGCUCCGUGUGAGAGCAGCGGCUGCGCGCCGUCAGGUCGGGUGCCCGGUACCAAAAGGACUUCACCUUGCCUCCCCCCACCGAGAGGAAAUAACGGCGGCUCUCCUCCCUCCCUGCUCGCCUGGCAAAGGUUAUCUGCUGAGGGCGAGGAGCGUCAACUAUAGGAUGCGCGUUUGACAUGAGGAUGUAAAGAGCGGCUGCGGGAUGUGGAGUUAGUGUAACAAGCCACUGAGUCCACCUGGGUGACGCUGACCUCCACCACCAUGCAUCUCUGGAGUGCUGAGGUGGUACCACGCCUGCUCCAGACACACUAACUGCAGCCAGGGGGUCACCCGAUGGCCUCCCAGCCUCUCCACGCCUCAGCUCGCUCAGUGCUCAGCACGUCCUUCGCCCAUCGCUGUGAUGAAGACUGCCAGCCGUGCCCAGCCCCGCAGCAGUCCUCCGCUGGUCCAGAUGAGGCGCUACACGCCCGGGGUCUACCCCUUCCUGUUCCCCUCUGUCAUCAGCUCCCUGCCUCAGCUGCCGCCGCCAUCACCUCAGCGACUGCAGAUCCAACAGCCGUCCAGCAGCGGCAGCACCCCGUCGCCCGUUGCCAUUGAAACGCAGAGCACCAGUUCUGAGGAGCUCGUCCCCAGCCCGCCAUCCCCGCCACCCCCUCCCCGGGUCUACAAGCCCUGCUUUGUCUGCCAGGACAAGUCCUCUGGAUACCACUAUGGUGUCAGUGCAUGUGAGGGCUGCAAGGGUUUUUUCCGUCGAAGCAUCCAGAAGAAUAUGGUGUACACGUGUCAUCGGGACAAGAACUGCAUUAUCAACAAGGUGACGAGGAACCGCUGUCAGUACUGCCGCCUGCAGAAGUGCUUCGGAGUGGGGAUGUCCAAAGAGUCUGUUCGAAAUGACCGGAAUAAGAAGAAGAAGGAGAGUCCAAAGCCAGAGCUGGCAGAGAGCUACGAGCUGACAGCCGAACUGGAGACCAUCAUUGAAAAGAUUCGUAAGGCCCAUCAAGAAACCUUCCCCUCCCUCUGCCAGCUUGGCAAAUACACCACGAACUCGAGUGCAGACCACCGUGUGAGGCUGGACCUGGGCCUGUGGGACAAGUUCAGCGAGCUGGCCACUAAGUGCAUUAUCAAGAUCGUGGAGUUUGCCAAACGAGUGCCUGGCUUCACGGGGCUGACCAUCGCGGACCAGAUCACGCUCCUGAAAGCUGCCUGCCUGGACAUUCUGAUCCUGCGCAUCUGUACGAGGUACACCCCCGACCAGGACACCAUGACUUUUUCAGACGGGCUGACCCUCAACCGGACGCAGAUGCACAACGCUGGCUUCGGCCCGCUCACCGACUUGGUGUUCACUUUUGCCAACCAGCUGCUGCCCAUCGAGAUGGACGACACGGAGACAGGCCUCCUCAGCGCCAUCUGUCUCAUCUCGGGAGACCGGCAGGACCUGGAGGAGCCCUCUAAGGUGGACCAGCUUCAGGAGCCACUGCUGGAAGCUCUGAAGAUCUACGUGAGGAAGCGUCGACCCAGCAAACCGCACAUGUUCCCCAAAACCCUGAUGAAGAUCACAGAUCUGCGAAGCAUCAGUGCUAAAGGAGCAGAGCGGGUCAUCUCCCUGAAGAUGGAGAUUCCUGGUUCCAUGCCGCCACUCAUCCAGGAGAUGCUGGAGAAUUCAGAGGGCCAAGACGGCCAGAGCAGCAGCAGCAGCAGUAGCAGCAGCAGCAGCAGCAGCAACAAAAGCAGCAGCAGCAAAAGCAGCAACAGCAAAAGCAGCAGCAACAGCAGCAGCACUUCAGCCGAGGCGGAGGCCAGCCCCAGCAGCAAGGGCAGCCCCAACGAGGAUGCCACCGCUCUGGAGUCACCGGAGUCCUUGGACACCGAGGGUGCUACGGCCACGCCACCCAGUGACGAGCCCUAGGAGGCGCCCGCGGGUACCUCUGAAACUCUCUCUGACAUUCCUUUGCACAAAAAAGAACAGCCGGGCAAGGCGCCAACCCCCUAUAAACCCCCCCCCCCACCCCGACUCCUUCGCUUGGUAUUACGUUAUCUUUAUAUCCUCGUCCUAGUUUUCUCUCCAAAUUCCCUAAAUUCACUCUUUAAAAAGAAAACGUCAACACGGAGGCCUCAAAGGAUCAGUGCUUUGUGUAUAAUUCUGAAUUGAGCUCUAAUUUGGCGUGGUGUCUCUGGGACCGGGACUGUGACAGGAAGGGCAUGGCCCACGCAAACCGCCAGAGAUGAUACUCCUCAGGUCUCCUGUGUAAAUUCUUAUCUGCAUGACGGGAGUUUGAUAAGUGGUUUCUCUCUCUUUCUCUUUUUCUCUGUCAUCUCUUUCCAUCUCUCGUAUUGUUGGCAUAUAUACAUUGUACAUACCAUUGUAUGGUUAGGUCUCUGUUUCUAUGAUGAAUUUUGUGGUGCUUUUUUCAUUGUCUUAAAUAUUAUCUUUGAGGCGAUACAUCAAGGUUUAAAGCAGGACUAAUUCUAAGUCCGUGAAAAAGUUAUCUAGAAUGUUAUUGCAUAUAGACAUUAUGGAAGUCUAAUAUUUUAUAUUUGUUCCUAUAUUUAAAACCGUCUUUGUCUUUUAUAACACUUAUUGGUUCAUGUCUCUACAUGAAUGAGUGUACAUCCACACCGCCAGAAUGCAAAGCUUCUCUCCAUAUCGACAGCCGAGUCUGUUCAACUGUUUCCUCAAAGGAGGGAAGCACAACAGCAGAAGCCUUCGAUACACACUCAUCAGACUGACAGCGUCUGUUCCACUUUCCAGUCUUAACAUGAACCGCCGAGACCUGACGUAGCAGAUUAGAUUUACAGUAAACCAGUCUAUGAAAUGAGCUCAUUUGGUGGAUGUAUGUCCUCGGUAAAUCAGUUUACCUCACUGUCCAAACAGAUCGGGGAAAUUAGGUAGCUGAUAGAUGCCAGAGAUUUUUCUGCAGCAGGCUGUGAUCACAUAGACCCCUCUCCCUGUUACUUCUUACUUCCCCAUGAUUCAGGUUUAACCCUGUCGCACUUUAUUAUUAACAACACGUGUUCAGUUAAAAGUUUAACAAUUUUGUUUCCUUUAAAAAAAAAAGCUCUUUUAAAGUAUCAAGUCGAUUUGUACUGGUGUCUAUUGAUUCACUGAUAUCAAGAAAAUGUCAUCAGUCUACUUGCUCUUUAUUAAUCUAAUUUCUACCAACAUGAUUUCCUUGUUCGAUAGAAAAAAUACAUAAAAAAAAGUCUCAUAGCCAGGAAAACGAACCGGCAUCUGAGAAUACAGAUGCCGGCGCAACAUCAAAGAAAGCUAAGAAUAAAUCCCUGAAAUGGAUGUCAUGGAUCUCUGUUUCCAGACUGGCUGGUUGGCUUUCUGCUGUAGAACGCAGAGACAGCUCUAGUGUAGUUUUAACUCACUCCGUGUAGCUUUUGCUGAACAGUUGCCCAAGAAACAAAGAUGGUAGUUUACUAAAACAUAUAAAUAAAAUUUUGGCGACUUUCCACUGCAGUAACUUGGAGCAGACACAAGAUGGUGUAAACAGCACCGUAAUUGUUUCUUUCAGCUUUUCUGUUUUCAUUUUGUGGAGGACCGUUAUGUUAGACUCUACUGUGAAUUCAACCGAUCAGGGUUGAUGCCCAGGCAGCAGUAUUUCAGGGCUGCUCAGAAGUAGCUGCACAUGGGCUGAGAGCUUUUUUUUCCCCUCCAGGUUCAAUUCCUGCAGUCAGAACCAUAAAAGGUUCAGGUAGCCCUAUAGCUACCUGCAAAUUCCUGCAAUGGAAAACAGUCUAAUGUUUGCCGCAUUAUGGACACACCUACUUGCAGUUUUACCAUCCAGUAAAGCAGUAGCUAAUCUCGUUAAAGUGCUAGCUUACUCACAACUUACCUGAUGGUCUGACCAAUCAAAUAUUACAGAAAUACGACUCACAUUUUGUGAAGCUUGAGGUUUUAUUAAUUGUUGCUGUUGAGCAUGUCUGUUUUAUGAGAUUGAAGACAACCAUCUUCUCUCAAUUAAAGUUGUUUUUUUUUCUGCAAUGUAAAAUUAGCUUGAUAUGAACGAUCAUUGCUGUUCAGGGAACUACUGUCAACAAAGUGUUAAUCUGUAGACGUCAUCCCAGGAAUGGUUAAAAUUCACAGUAUACAGAGUCUUUUUAUGAAAUGUGCUACAAUCUUAUUGGUCAAAAAAGGUUGGAUAGGAGCCGUGGUUUAGACUUAGCCCUCUGUUGUUGGUGCGCAGGCAUGUGUUCAGCCUUUUAGUACACAGUUCCUCCAAUCAUUUGUCGCCAUAUCCUGAGGAAGAGCCCCUACCCAUUAGGGCUGGCCCGAAUAGCAGUUUCUGGGCUCUAGUUAUUUGGCCCCGAUUACUGAAAAAUAUCUGAAUAUUGGGUUUGGUUCGCAACAUCCAACGGUGGGGAGGGGGGAUCCAAAUAUUGGGAUCUCAAAAUAAAUAUUCAAAUACCACCAUCACGACCAAAUAUUCAGAUAUUUAUGUCCAGCCCUACUCCCUAUGUGGUUGAUAAGUUUCUGUCUGUAUUGUUUUGUUCCCUUCACUUGUGCCAUUAGAAUUCUUGCUUUCUUCGUUGACUAGCAGUGCUGGUGUUUGUGUUUGAUCCUCCAGUGUGAUCGCAGCCUUCAGCAGCUUUGACUUUUAAAAAAUGAAUGCUUGAACGUCCGCCUAAUGAGUGUGUAUCUACCGCUAACAGCAUGUACUACCAACCGCACAUGGGCUCUGUUAUGGCCUUACGAGAUGAGCUCCUCAACCCGCUUUUCUCUCCCUUUUCAGAAGUGUCUUGUUUGAACCGGUGAAACAUGGGGGCAAUGCAAUCCUUAAAACACACUGGUGACCGAGCCGCGUGGGUCGGGAAGAUUGUACACUAAUGUAGAAAGCACACGUUGGGGUGGGAUCCACGAAUCCGCUCCAAACGUUCGCCUUGCUCUUCAGACUUGACAGUGUAAGCUACAUUUAACGAUGCAAAAGGAGAUUCCACAUGACCUUUCACCCCGCCCCCUGAGAAGUGCAGUCGCGUAAAGCUUCUCUUUGGACAGUCGAUCCAACUGAGCUCUUAAUCUCAUUGGCAGGGAAGUGGAUGGUGUGUCUUACAUCCGAUGAAGUGGUCCCGCUGAAAUUAAAAGAUGAUCCUGGAAAGCUGCUUUUCUCCACAGCCGAGGUCACAUAUGAUAGUGAACAAUAAGAAAUAAACUCUCUUAUAUCCUCUUAUAGGACCCAGAUCCCUCACUACCCCACUGUCCCUGCUGGCCGAAUAAUAACUCCAUUCACUGUAAUAUGAAGUGUCUGUUCUCUGACGGCACAGGGACAAACUAACUGUAGCACUUAAACCUGCUGAACCUUUGAAAGGUGGCUGUAGUACUGAAACUGAACAAUAUGAAGGCUAACAGCCAAGACCGAGACCAAGAUCAACUAUACACUCAUUAAGCACAAAAGUUAUAGAUCACGGAAAACACUGAUAAUAAACAGCUUUUGAAUGACUUUCACUCCCCUUAUAUAAAGUAAAGGCAUUAAGGAGUAGACGUCUCAGUUUCAGUUUUGGCACUAAAUGACCGUUUUUAGCAGAUAUUUGUGCCAGCAGGUGGGGAUUUUUGUAGAUUGAGUUUUGAAUUUGACCCAAAUUAAACUACACUAAAGUUCUUAAACUGAAUUUCAGGCAGUGGUCGCUCGUAGGACUGGUAUGUUUUAAGCUUUUCAAACAGUUAAAUGGUUGAAUCUCUUCUUUUUUGCGUCUGUUUUGGAAUUUUGCAGAUUGAAAUUCUUUAAAGUUGAAAUGAUUGUUAAAAACCUUUCGUCUAUUUUAUUGGAUCUUAUCUAAUUGUGUAGGGCUCGACAGUUGUCUGGACAACAAAACAGUCUCUCUCAAGGUGCACUUGCUCACAUUUUCUUCAUCUAGCAAAUAGAAUUUGUUUAGGUGACAUGGAACCUUUUAUGCGAUAGCUGAAAGCAAUAAUUUAUCAUUUCUUGCUGAUAAUAAAAUGAGAGAAUUAAUUUCUCACUGGCUGUCCAUGAAACGAAACUAGAGCCCUGAGUUUAAUAACAUUCCUCAGCAUAAAGAUUUAAUUUAGCAGACUACACAUUUGAACCUCACUGGUUUGUUUAAUCUGUACGUGUUGUCAAAGUUACAUGUGGAACUGUGUCUUGGUAGCGGGCAGCAAGACCCCUCCAUGUUGCUACUGAUCACCAAGAAACCCAUAAAUCACACAACACUGCUGUAAAACUGUCCCUUUAAAGGUUAGGCAUGACCAUUCAUUUUUGAGUUAGAACACUUUGCUAACCCUAACCCACUUUUUGGUUCUCAUGAGAUUUGAAAUCAUUUCCUAUUGCACAACAUUUACACCGUGGCAUUUUGGUCAAGUGCCCAAACUUUUUAGUUAUGCUUCAUAUAAAGAAUUUCACCAAACACUGCAUCCAUGGCACAUAUAUUCUGGCAAGACUCACGUUCGAUAGAUGUAGAUCGACUAAAAUUUCCAAAAUCUCAUUCACUCUUUGCUAUCUUCAUGUCUGUUGUGGAGGAUGAAGGAGUGGCUUCAGACACACACUGGUUCAGUUGUGACAGAACUGUGGGUGCCUCGUUGUUGACCUUAGGAGCAGCAGAUGAUGAAAUAUUGCAUUUUAUGUCAUUUGGUGAAUUCAAAACCUGUUUUAAAACCAAAUGGAACUUUGACGCCUGCUCUUUGGCAGAAAUAUCUUCUCGUACACUUCGCCCUAAUCAACUCGUGUUUGAUCCUAACCGGCGAGGCGACCCUUUAGGGCAGUGACGGGUUCUGGGUCCCAGCGGCACAAAGUAAAAAAAAAAAACAUCUGCAUUCCAUCCCUGCUAGGAAAUACAUAUCAUAAGGGAAACCAGAGCUGUUUCAGUUUUUUUUUUGUUUGUUUUAGCGUGUUUGAAUGUGAAUAAUAUCAUGGACUCUGUCAGAAGGAUGAUAUGCAGUGUUAAGGAAUACUUACUUCUAUCUCAAUGUAACAAAGGAAAUUCUCUCCCUUGGUUCUCUCUCUGUCUUGCUCUCCUGGUGAGAGAUGAAGGGAGAUGUCUUGGUGUUUUCCUUUCUUUCUUUGUUUUUCCUUUCUUUUUUUUUAUGAAGCUGGAAAACCUUCACAGCCGAAGAAUGUCCACAUCCAUCCCUGCAGCGUCAGGCCAGCCCUCCGGCACCUGGAUGCAGCAGGGACUGUUAUCUGUUCCUUUAGGAAACAGCGUCACAAUGCUGAAUUACUCUUGUUCGUUUCUGUUGAAUGUUGUACCGACGUAACUGUAAUACUCUACUAUCUAGCUCACUGCAGAGAUGUUAUAUAAAUGGUGUGUGCUUUGCAUUCCAAUUGGCAGCUCUGUGGAAAAGACGCUCUGUUAUUUGUCCUUGGUAACAUCAACUCACAUCCAGAGGGAAAAAAAGAAGAAGAAAAAAAGAGGAGGAACUGGAACAUGGUGGGCCGAUUUGGACAUCCAGGUCACACAACACACAUAAUGUCAUUUAGGACAACAGGAGAGAGAAGCCCAGGGAUGGGAGCAAUGGACGACCAAGUCACCUCAGCAUUAGAUAUCAUUGGUAUGUUCUGUUACUGUUCAUGUCAAACAGCAGAGCUGCUGGUCCUCCUCCUCAGCCAGGAAGCCAAUCAGCUGUCGUCAAUCAAUCAAACCCAAUCAAUUGACAGCUAUUUGGUGAACAGGUCAGCUAAUGAGCUAGGGUUUGACCGAUAUGUGGUUUUGAAAACUAACGGACAAUACAUGAAUCAGCUGCAGUCGAUAUUAUGUGCCAAUAUUCAGUCCAAAGUAAAGCAGAUCUUUGGAUCUUCAGCUGGGAAUUUAACCCUCCCGUUGUCCUCAUUUACACGCACCAAAAAAUAUUGUUUCCUUGUCUGAAAAAAAUCCCAAAACUCAGCAAAAAAAAUAAAUCCCCAAAUUUAUAAAAAUUUGCAAAAUCUUCAGGAAGAAAAUUCGAAAACAUUCCUUGAAAGUUUCCCUUAAAAGUUGUUUAAAAAAAUGAAAAAUUUGUCAAGAAAUAAAAAUAUAAAAAAUGCAAAAAAAAGAAAAUGGUAAGUAUUUAAAAACAAAUAAAAAUCUUUCAAUAAAGUUCCUAAAAUUAUCAAAAGUGAUUCCAUAUAUAUCAGUAAAACUUUGAAUAAUUUCUUUAAAAAGAUUCGGGGAAAAAAUCAACCAAAAUCCAGCCAUUUUCACUGGAUUUUGGUUAAUUUUUUCCUGAAUCUUCUUCAAGAAACAUUUUUUUAACAUUUCUUUUUUUCCACCAAAAAAGGUUCAAAAAAUUUCCCAAACAUGUUGAAAAUGUAGAAGUUGUCAUUGUGAGAAUAUAUCUUUUUUCCACAUUUUCAAACUUUAAAACGGGUCAAUUUGACCCGCAGGACGACAUGAGGGUUAAAGCCGCAUUAGACAAUAAUCUGUGUUUUAUCCUCUUUUAGAGCAGUGCUUUGGUUUUACUGCCCAAAAUAUUGAGUUUUGGUUUGAUCACAGCUGUAAAUUGAAACAAAGUGAAACCAAGAGUGCAGAGUGAAUACUGGUUUGAAUAUUCAUAACUAUAUCAACUUGAUACGCCACAAAUUUGUUGACAACUUGUAGUAUUUUCUGACUCAAACUGAAGAAGGCGCAGAUUUGAAACGGUUGUUCUGUUGCGUCACAGUGAUGUCAUUGCAUUCAGAAAAAGAGAAAAACAUGAGGGGUUUAAAGGCCCCGCAUCAGCCCCACAUAUCGGUCCGACACCAGAUGAAGCAGCCGAACCAGGAGCCAGAGCUCACGACUGUGAACCUCAGUAUCAAUCAUUACCAGUAGCUCUGUUGUCGUCUGUCCUGAAGGUGUUCUUGGUAAACAUCGGUGUCCACAGUCGCCUUUUCCCAUCAGUAUCAGAGAACCUCACCACCGAUCAUAUGCAGUGUUGUAUAGUCGUGUUAAUAUGAGACAUGAAGCUCACAUCUUGUUGGACAUGAGGGUGGGAGGGGUGGGGGCUGUUCCCAUCAGCCCCUGCUGCCGGCCUGUAGGGGGAAGUCGACCUCUGGAGCUGCUCCAAGGUUUGAGCUUCGAUCUGUUUCUGCGCUCCAUUUUAAAUAUUGUCUUUGUUUGUACAUUAACAUAUGCUUUUUAUGUUCAUAUACUGUUUAACUUUACCAUGAACUGUCCUGGCAAAGUAAUAAAAUAUAUUUAUUUUAAAA